GCCCCCGCUGUCUGUGUCUCGUUUCUCCAGAAAAUGGCGCUGUGUUUACGUCUGUGUGUCUCCCAUCUGCUUAGUUUUGAAUGUUUAGACUUUUGAUGCAUUUAACUAACUGGUAGGAUAAUUUGCGUUGUCUAGCCGAUCUGCGAAAACAAACUGACAAUUGGAUUAAGGUAGCAAACGCAAUAUCUUGCAAUAGUUUCUUACAGUGAUAAUUGCAAUUCAUGUUUCUGCUCACUAACAUAUAGUUAGCUGACUAAACUCCACUCCAUGGUGAAGGAAGUUUAUGAUGAACUCCACCAAAGGAUUGAAGCAGAGACCAGGCUUGGUGGAAUUCAGCUCCGACUACAACGAUUCGCCCAAGCAUAGUAGCAACAACAAGAUGAUGCAGGCUGCAGAGGCUGCAACAGACUCCUCACUGAGAGAGGGAAUAGAGGUGCUCGGAGUGGGGGACACUGAGAAAACCACUGGUAGGGAAGAGGAAGGUGACAAAGACGGGACAGAUGUGGCAGCUGCAAAAGCAGAGGAGACCAAAUCAGAGGAUGCAAAAGAUGGAGACAAAAGUGGAGAUGCGAUGGAAGGAGAGGGGCAGAAGGGGGAGAUGGAAGCAGACAGCAAGAUGGAGGGAGGCGAUCGAAAGCAGGUGGAGCGAGAGUGGGAAAUCACCUAUAGCGAUGAUGAAAUCGAGGACCCCAAAAACUGGAUGCCCCCUCCCGACGAAAUCAAAAGACUGUAUGAGCUCCUUUCAAAAGGGGAGAAGCUGGAACUGAACUUUGUGCCCCUUCCUCGAAGACCGCCUACACCUGAGAGGACCCCCUCGCCCGAGAGGGAUGAUGAGGACGAGGCGGCAAAAGAGAGGGAGAGGGAGGAUAGAGAGCGCAAGGCCCCAUCUCCCACAGAGUUUGAUUUUGAUGAAGAACAGAUACAACAAACUCCAAAAAAUGCUUUCAUCAACCGACGCAGGACACCAGGGUCCUCGGCUCGGUCCUCUGUCAAACGGGAGGCUAGGUUGGACAAGGUACUGUCAGACAUGAAACGCCACCGCAAAAUUGAGGAACACAUUCUCCGGACUGGACGAGACCUCUUCAAGAGCGAGAAGAGCAGCCGGGCCGGGCCCGAUGAGGCACUCUCUCCCAACAGUCAAAAAGAGCGAGAAAAGGAGAGGGAGAGAGACAGCGACCCCAGCAAAAUCUUCUCGCCAAGACAAAGGCGAUACUGAGACAGGGGGGAAAACUGCAGGCCAAGAGCAUCGACGCCUGAUUUUUUAAAAAAUGCCAUUACCAAUUUUGUAUGAUUGUGCGUUUUGUAUCCUUGUAAUAAACAUUACUCUUUUUUUUGUUUUUAUAUAUAUAUAAAUCAGUGUCUUGAUAUAACACCCAGACAAGUUCAGAACAGAGGAGUAUAUUUUAGCUAUGAGUUAACAAUAUAGCCUUCACAUAAGGCUCAGAAGUUUAUACGGUACAUUAAUACGUAUGCAUAAAUAUGCAUUCAAUUCAAAACCACAAAUAAAUAAAAUAAGCAUAUACAGUAAAUCAGUUGAAAUGCAUUUUUCCCGCAAUGGCAAGACCCACUAACCAAUAAACAUAUAGAACAAAAGGUAUAGUUUAUCGCCGUCUAGAUGUUAUUGUCCCAUCUUUCUUGCAUCCCAGGUUACUGGACUGUUUGUUUUCCUAGUAUUUUAUUUCCAUAUUCAGGAAAGUAUAGUUAUGUAUUCUGAGUGAAUAGGGCACCUGAAACCAGUGGCUCAAUUAAAUUUGCUCAGUACAAAUAAGAAACUGAAGAAGCGGAAACAGUUUCAAGAGCUUUAGAAAGGUCAACCUAUACUAAAUGCUACCAAGACAGUGUAUGGAUUCUAUUCUGGUCGAUUUAUUCACUAAUUACAGCAGUGAUAAUAAAACACGUUUUUGAUUUUUUAUUGAAUAUUCUUGGGCAGAACACUUGUGUAACGUCAGCCAAUGAAUGACAGUAUGUGGAAUAAAUAGGGCUGCUUUUUUGUUGUUGCACUGGCACUAACUCAUUGACCUAAUAUGCUUCAAUAUACCACUCAGUCAAAAGUUAAGGACCCACGUAGGGCAUAGAAACCCAAAGGCCCACAAAAUUGGCCAUUUAUUUUGUUCCUCAAAAUUACAUUCUCUACACUGAAUAAAAUAACACUGUUGCAAGGCGGCAGAGUUUAACUGCCAACAGGCGAAAUGAUUCAUGCAUUUGCUACCUGAACUACUGGAGAUCAAAAUGGAUAAAAAAUAAAAACACAGAAUGGGAGAUCAGAAACCGAACUACAAUCCAAAUCAACGUGAAGGUAAGAACACUUGUCACAUUUUCAAUCCAAGGAAAAAAUAAAUAUUCCACAUUAAAAUAAAUAAAAUGUAGUACACACACAAACAAUUGAGAUAAGGCAGCAUACUAGUCUUAUGAGGUUACCUCCCUUCCACCCUGGUCACAUUUGUUAGAGUACAAAGGAUACAGAUAAAUACUAACAAGUCAAAAUACUGCUUGGCGAGGUCGUUUCUUGUUACUAAGCCGAAUUAGGCCUUUCUAUCUCAAGCAAUGUACUAAACAUACCAGUAUAAUACAUUCCUAACUCCUGUGCUAACUUACCUCCUAGGCAGACAGGAUUUCAUUUGAUCUACACGAGGACGCUCUCCACCUCUCACUUGCUAUACUUCUUUCAGGCUAAUCUCUCCAUUCUCAACAUGCAUCAGGGGGAAAAAUAGCUUCUGAUGCCUAUGUUGUGUGCUGUUCAAAUGUGCAAACGCUCCCUUCAAUUC